CAGCCGAAUGUUCGAACGCAGGACUGUCAACCUCAACAACAACAACAUUGAAGAAACAUCACGUACAGGCCCUUUUCCUCAGACUUUUUAGGGACUUCACAGUAUGGACACAGAUGAUGAUGUCUCAGCCCUGGAGGAGGAGGAGGUGGGGAUAUGGGACCCAUCACCUGCACCUUCUCUGGGCCUCAGGCAGUCCCCUUCUUCCUCUCCUGACUCUGACACCUCUCUGGAGAUCUCCUCCUCCUCAGAUGAAGAAGAGAAUUCAUCUCCAACUAUAGGCUCAGAGACUUCACCAUUUGCCGUCCAAGAAUGCAAGGAAGAGUACAAAAAUGUUGUAAGAUAUGUUAUUCAGUCAGCUCGGACACACACCACAGAGAAGGAAAAAUACGUGGAAACUUCAGUCAGGAAGUAAUUGCUGAGCGCUGUAAAGGUCUUGCAAGAUUCAUGAAUUUUGUCCAUGAACAGGAGGUGUUGAGACGUACUGCUGUGUUCACCAAAUUUCUGCAUGAAUCAGAAGUGAAGAUCAGUGAUCAUUAUUUACUUUUAUCUCAGUUUGAGGAAGCAUGUCCUGUGAUAGAGAAUACCUUCCUUUUGUUUUAUAUCCUCCACUGGGACACAGGCUCCCUCAUCUGUAAACUUUGCCAGUUGAUUGUGUGUUUUCAUGCCCUUGGCAAUUAUGAAAAAUCAUAUAAAUAUGCACAGAUAGUUCUCAGGAAAUUUGAGAUGCUAGGGAACAACAAGAUAUGUAAUGAUCUUUAUAUGCCACUCCUCUGCUUCUGUAAUAGUCUAUGGAGGGUUUUAGGGAAAGACAGGACUACCAUAAAAACCAAAAUCGAACAGGAACGUAAAGAGCGGAAGGAAGAGGGAGUACCUAACUUGCUUGAUAUUCUGAGAGAUGAGAUAACUGUGAGAUACCUUCAUUGAUGGAUGGGGCUUCUGUGAAAAUUAUUAUUGUUAGGGAUGAACUAAUCAGAAAAAAAAUAACUUUGUAACAAUUUGUAGAUUUUAUAAGAAAUAGCAUAUGCCAGAGUUUCAUAAAGGAAAUAAAUUGUUAGGAGUGGAAGAUUUUGUAUUUAGUAUGUGAUAUGAAAAAAAAGAGAGAAAAGUCUUAACAUACUAUCAUUCUUUUACAACAACACUGCUGAUCCAGUAUCAUUUUGUGUUAGAAUAUCAUAAAUGGAGAGAGAAAGACAUUUCUGUCAUUUUUGAUGGUUCUUCAGUGGAAAUAGAAGUGCAAGGUUAUGGUCUUGUGAUGUGUUAAUGUUUUAUCUUUUAUUACAUUGAUAUCAAUAUAUCACUGACUCUGGCAUCUGUUUGGAUUAUUUAGUUUGCCAGACCAACAGCAGUUCCUUUGACCCCAGAUUUUGCACUUACUUAAGCUUUAAAGUAUCAUAGACCACUACUGACACUUGAAAGAAAUAAGUAGGGAUAGAUGUGAGCAAAAUAGGGUAGGGAUUGCACAAAACCAGUGGAGAUACAGUGUAAAAAAUUAAUGAGCACACACUACACAUGCUACUAAAUAUAGUCACCAUGCAAACUAAUCUUGCAGUUCUGGGAAAGUCAAGUGUACACUCAUGAUUGUUUGGAUUAAGGGGCCCUUCAGGUUUUUACUCAUUGUUUUUACCAAAAAUUAUUUUUAUAAAAAUCUAU